AUGCGGGUGUGGUUCUCCUUUGAGAUCAGCCAUCGAGGUGAAAUCAGAAAGGUUUAUCACCCGGCUGACGAGGACGAUGAAGUUCUUAUAAUGAAGAAAGGCUUUGCUGGAAUGCUGUCAGCUAAAAGCUUCAUCAUCAUGUUACAUUUUCAUGAAGACUUGAACACAAUACAUAGCGUGAUGAUAGAAGAGGAAAUGAACAUUGACUUUUCAACUAAAGCUGGAUAUGAUCCUUUUCACGCCAUGAGACCAGUACAUGCAGUGUCUGGAUUUUCUAACAUGGGUUUUCCAACGGUAACAGCCAGUUCUAAAGACAAACUAGAGUUUUUCAAGAAAAGAGAUUUUACAGUUCAGUUUGAGAAGCCAAUUGGUAUUGAAUCAUCAAGUAUCCAUCAUACGAAAAAGAUUAAAAAGCGAGCAAUUUACCAAACACAAACUGAAGUUAAACUUGCAAAAACAUAUAUUGCGGGAAAUCUCACGUGCAUUCGUCAUCAACCAGAAAGAGGCUCACCUCAACUUGGUAAAUGUUUUCACAUGCUUACAAGAACUCUUGAUCAAAUGACAGAGUCGGAUGUUGAGCAGAUCGCAAAUACAUACUUUCUGACAGUAACACCUAAGAAUAAGGACGAUAAAAAUACAAUGGCUGAAGCUCUCAUAGCGCUGAACAAACAAGAUGUGAUCGUGAACAAGAUUCUCAACAAUCUGCAAACAGACGAGCAGCUCUUGAUGAGAGUACUGACUUCAUUAACAGCGUUAGACCAUGAACCAUUUAUGGAGUUACUGACAACUGUUGAGAAAUUUUGCUUUAAGGGCAAACGUUCUGAACGUAUACUUCUUUCCAAAAAUAUCCGUCAUGUAUCUUGUUUAACAUUUGGUGGUUUGGUCGGAAGUGUGAAACAGUACGGCAAUUCAGAGCACGCAGACAAACUUGUACAAUAUCUCCAUGACGAACUAGGUUUACAUGAUCCAUGGUUGUUCAAGAUGAAGAGAUCAGCAAUGUCGGAGAUAGAAUGUGUAGAGUACGACCAUAAUAAAGUUGUUCUUCUUGACGCUAUCGGCAAUGCUGGACUACCCGUGUCGUAUGACCAUAUUGUAUCUCAUAUCAAUUCAACAAACUCACAGUGGAUCAAACGUACAGGGGUACAUGCACUCAGAACGUUCCAUGAUAUAAAAACAUUACAAGAGCUUGAGAAAGUUGCUUUAUACGAUGAUGAUGAAACUGUCCGCUAUGAAGCACUGCUGCAAUACGAAGCGCAUCCAUUAGCUAACGCAGACACCACUGGAGACGGAACCGGACUUGCACACACGGGUGUUGCCAAAAGAUCGAUUCUAGACCUAAAACUAGCUUUCAGACUUGCAGCACCUGGUGUAGAUUGGCGCAAAAUGAUUGGGUCCGAAUCAGUUGGUGCUUCGUUUGGUAUCGUCAUGGAAAAUCUUUUAGAUCUGCAGAUGUCACUGAUAAAAGGAAGUAUAGAUGUAAGAGUUCAUGAUGAAGCUUACGUUAGAGUACAUCUUGGUUACAUUGGUAUAAGCUUGGAUUUUUACCUUGCAAGAAUAUGUUUCAAAGGCAGUGCAAAGUAUGCUCUUAAUAUCUUAAAGGAACUAGACCCGAAACAUGGUUCUGACCUCAUCAAACAGUUCACGAGCAUUGUUGACAAAGUUGUUGGUGCUAUUAAAAACGGAGUAGAGGCGUUUAAGAGAAUCAUUUCAACAGACUUCUCAUUGAAAGACAUUGUUGAUGAUUUCGUCAAGGCGGUGACAGAAAUUCCAGAAAAG